AGCAAGGCAACUGUGGUGUGAACUUUUGAGUGUAUCCCUGAGCUUGUCUCUUACUUCUAUUCCAGCUUGACUUUUGUUGUUGGAAUCAUCACAGUGGGGGGGGAAAAGCAGCACUGAUCUUUUGAAGGUGGAAUGGAUUACAGAGUCCCCGGGGCUAUUAUCAAUGGAGAAAUACCUGCACAAGCCACUGGGGAAAAGAAGAAGAAGAAGAAAGAGGCAACGGACCAAAUGCUAGAGAGAGAACACUGGAACAACAAGCUGGAAUAUGUUCUAUCUGUGGCAGGGGAAAUCAUUGGUUUGGGGAAUGUCUGGCGAUUCCCUUACCUCUGUUACAAGAACGGUGGUGGUGCCUUCUUCAUCCCUUACCUCAUCUUCCUUUUCACCUGUGGGAUUCCAGUGUUCUUCCUGGAGACAGCACUUGGGCAGUACACAAGCCAAGGAGGGGUGACUGCCUGGAGGAGACUUUGCCCUCUCUUUGAAGGAAUUGGUUAUGCUUCCCAGGUGAUUCUUGUACUCCUUAAUUUCUAUUAUAUUAUAGUUCUGGCUUGGGCCUUGUUUUACCUCUUCAACUCAUUCACCGUAGAUCUACCAUGGGGCAGCUGUGACCAUGAGUGGAACACAGAGAACUGUGUAGAAUUUCAGAAGACAAACACUUCUCUAAACGAGACGGCGGAAAAUGCUACCUCUCCUGUCAUUGAGUUCUGGGAGAGGAGAGUGUUGCACCUUUCUGAUGGCAUUGAACAUCUGGGGGGCGUGAGCUGGGAGUUGGCGCUCUGCCUCCUACUUGCCUGGAUCAUCUGUUACUUCUGCAUCUGGAAAGGAGUCAAAUCUACAGGCAAGGUGGUGUACUUCACUGCCACGUUCCCGUACCUCAUGCUGGUAGUUCUGCUGAUCAGGGGAGUCACACUGCCUGGGGCAUCUAAAGGGAUCCUCUUUUACCUUUACCCAGACAUCACUCGGCUCAGUGAUCCCCAGGUAUGGAUGGAUGCAGGCACUCAAAUCUUCUUCUCAUACGCUAUUUGCCUGGGAUGCCUGACAGCUUUGGGCAGCUAUAACAAGUAUCAUAACAAUUGUUACAGGGAUUGUAUUGCUCUAUGUUUUUUGAACAGCGGCACCAGUUUUGUAGCUGGUUUUGCAAUCUUUUCCAUCCUGGGCUUUAUGGCACAAGAACAGGGAGUGCCUAUUUCUGAGGUGGCUGAAUCUGGGCCUGGCUUGGCGUUUAUAGCAUACCCACGAGCUGUCGUCAUGCUCCCAUUUUCCCCUUUAUGGGCGUGCUUCUUCUUCGUCAUGGUGGUUCUGCUGGGAUUGGACAGCCAGUUUGUCUGUGUGGAGAGCCUGGUGACUGCCCUAGUUGACAUGUACCCUGGCAUUUUUCGGAAAAAGAACCGGAGAGAAAUUCUAAUUCUUCUGAUCUCUAUCAUCUCCUACAUUGUGGGACUAGUCAUGAUCACAGAGGGUGGGAUGUAUGUGUUCCAGUUAUUUGACUACUAUGCUGCUAGUGGGAUGUGCCUGCUCUUUGUCGCCAUUUUUGAGACUCUUUGCAUUGGCUGGGUAUAUGGUGCGGACCGCUUCUAUGAUAACAUUGAAGACAUGAUUGGCUAUCGCCCAUGGCCUCUCAUCAAAUACUGUUGGUUAUUCAUUACACCAGCUGUCUGCCUGGCGACAUUCCUGUUUUCCCUGAUUAAGUACACCCCACUGACAUACAACAAGAAAUAUGUUUACCCAUGGUGGGGAGACACUGUGGGCUGGCUGCUCGCUCUCUCUUCUAUGAUCUGUAUCCCACUCUGGAUCUUCUACAAACUUUCCACCAUUAAAGGGCCCCUGAGAGAGAGGCUCCACCAACUAGUCUGUCCAGAUGAUGAUUUGCCCCAGAGAAUGUGCUCAAGCCAUCAAUCCUUUCCUCCCAUUGGAACUGGAGUCCUGAUGUUGACGGAAUUGGAUUCUCGCUGUUAAGAGGAAAGCACACCCUUCUUGCACUGGACAAUCCAGAACUAUUCCUGGUGGUUUGGGAGAGAGGGCCCAGUGAACCACUGACUUCCCUUAUUCCUUCUAAAAGGAUCAGUGGUGGCUGCUAGGGAAAGAGACCUCACCUGAGAACCUGCGGUGGAAGCAGAUGCUGCGUCAGCUUCCGUUUGGCAGUAUCUUUACAAGAGAUGAUUCCAACUAGCAUGUUGACCUGGAAGUUCUUCUGGGAGUGAAACAGGAAGCACUGGAUCCUGGGAUGGAAAUACUCAAUCCAAUCACAGAGGGUUUAUUUUGUGAAGUGGCUUUCCAUUCCAUCUAUAAAGUUAUUGUUCCUUCCACUGA